AUGUCGCGACUUGGUUUAUUUAAAAAUUUGUUCAAGAUAGCUGGUGGAGCUACAGCAGCUCUUCUAGCCACGGAGGAACUUUAUAAAAUGAACUACCAAGUCAGUGAAGGUGAUGCAUUUGAUAUCAAAAGAACUAGAAAUGCGUACGCUGAGCUUCAAAAGGCAGAAAAAUGUAGUCCUUUGUUGAAGAGAAAUUUGACUCCUGUGAUUUUGCAAAAGCUCGAAGGUAAAAAAACAAAGUUGGGUGCAACAUUAUGCGAAGUUAUUAAUUCUGGUUUGCAUGAUAAAGAUUCAAGAGCUGGUAUGUAUGCUGCUGAUUCAGAAUCUUACUAUAAAUUUGCUGCUCUCUUUGAUAAAGUUUUGGAAGAUUAUCAUGGAUUUAAACCAGGUGCCAAACAACCACCUGUCGAUUACGGCGAACAGAAAAUAGACAAUUUUCCAGCUCUUGAUGCAAAUGGUAAAUAUAUCAAAUCAGUUAGUAUUCAAUGCUACCGUUCUAUUUCUGGUUAUCCUUUUUCCAUGCUUUUAACUGAAGACGAUUAUUUGAUUAUCGAGCAAAAGGUUAAGAAUGCAGUGCAACAAAUUGAAGAUCCAGAUUUUCAAGGAAUGUAUUAUUCCGUGAGUAAUAUGACAAAAGAAAUGCAAGACGAUUUUGGGUUCAAGCAUAUCCUACCUGACAAUACUGUUGCUUUAAAUUAUCCACACCUGUACAAUUCAUGGCCAUCGGGACGUGGAGUAUUCCACAACAAGAACAAGUCUUUCAUUGUGAAAGUCAAUGAUGAAGACCAUUUGAAUAUAAUCUCGGCAGAAGAAGGAAAUGAUAUUAUGCAGGUUCUUAGUCGUCUGAUACGUGGAUUAAAGGCUUUGGAAAAAAAAUUGCCUUUUGCAUAUGAUGAUCGUCUCGGUUGGUUAACAGCUAAUCCUUGUAAUCUGGGAUCUGCGAUACGUGCUUCAGUACAGAUACGUUUACCGAAAUUGAGUAGAAGAUCAAAUUUUCCUGAUUUGUGUGAACAGCUGAAUUUAUGUGUCAGUUCUGCUAGUGGUAGUUCCUCCAGAAACUCAGAUGAAUAUUACAAUAUAUCGAAUAAGGUGACCCUUGGGUUAACGCAGUAUGAAGCAAUAAAACAAAUGUACGAUGGUGUAAAACAAUUGAUUGAGAUGGAAGAACAAGCAUAA